AUGUCGUUUUCAAGUCAACUUCAUGACGAAUUCAAAUAUGUUUGUAUGAGUCUUAUCCGAUCAUUGGGCAGUUCAUUGCUAUUCGAUGAGUUUGGUCCAUUGAAAACUGCAGUAGUUCACAAUAAUAGAUCUGGUAGAUCUUUGGGAACAGCUGAUGUUGUAUUUGGCAGUAAAAAUUCCGCAUUAAAAGUAGUACGUCAAUAUAAUAAUGUGCUGCUUGAUGGUCGCCUUAUGAAAAUUGAACUUGUAACUGAUUUUUCAACUGUUGCCAACCUUGCUACUCGUCUCAGUAGACCAGCACCAUUGUCUGUACGAUGUAUUGGUGAUGGAGUAAGAAGUAACCGGGGCAAACAUGGAAAUAUCCGUGGUAACUCCAGAGGACGUGGCGGUAGAGGUGCCAGGAAUAGCGAAAAGAAAAUGCCAAACAAAGAUGAAUUAGAUGCACAUCUUGAUAGAUAUAUCAAAUUUAACAAAAGCACGAAUAAUUGA